CCACGCUAAGAACAAAUCUCCAGACUCAGGUCAAAAAAAAUCCAGAAGAAUAAUCUCAUCAACAAUUUGUGCCAUUUCAUCUACAACCUUUCCACAGCACAUCUUCAGAUACCAACCGCCAUCAUGUAAGUCAUCUCUCACCUUUGCGGUUGCAUUAUCAAUACAAUUGCGAGCUGUGAUAUUUACUGACUACGAAAAAGGCAACUCUUCCGUCGUUCUGCUCUCCGAGCUGCCUCCUCACCUUCCACCACCUUCAUCUCCCAAUCCCGCAACAUCAACACAUCCUCAUCGUUCCUCCUCCGCGCAAAGAUCCAGUCUGCAGGUAUUACUCCAUCUGCGCUCAGACGUUACGGUGACGAUUCUCGCCAGAGCUCUGACCGUGGCUCAUACGGUGGUGACCGAGGAGGCGGACGUGGUGGAUAUGGAGGCGGUCGUGGAGGCGAUCGUGGAGGUUAUGGAGGCGAUCGUGGAGGUUAUGGAGGCGAUCGUGGAGGUUAUGGAGGCGAUCGUGGUGGUGGUCGUGGGGGCGAUCGUGGUGGUUAUGGAGGAGAUCGUGGAGGUUAUGGAGGCGGUCGUGGGGGAGAUCGUGGUGGAUAUGGAGGUGACCGCGCACCGCGACCAGCACCAACUCCAAACAACACUAUUUACGUUGGUAACCUUCUUUUCGACGUCACUGCAGCCGACUUGGAGAGAGAGUUCGCCCAGUUCGGCACAAUCACUGCUUCACAGAUUGCAACAGAUCCUAAGUCCUUGAGCAAAGGGUAUGUCAUAUGAUACUUCAUCGAGAAUCGCUGUACUAAUAGGAUUGCAGAUUUGGGUACGUCACGUUUGAAACCGUUGAACAAGCACAGGCUGCCAUUGAGGCCAAGCAUAUGACUGUCCUUGAAGGCCGUAGAAUGAUGGUAAACUUCCAGAACACCAGCAAACCAUCAGACCAGUCGAACCCACCAUCCAAGACUCUCUUCGUUGGCAACCUUGCCUUUGAGAUGUCCGAUGCCGAUCUCAACAAGCUUUUCCGUGAUAUUCGAAAUGUCAUUGACGUCCGUGUUGCUAUUGAUCGUCGAACUGGUCAACCAAGAGGUUUCGCACACGCCGACUUUGUUGACAUUGAGAGUGCCGUUAAGGGAAUGGAGGCUCUCAAAGAUCAAGAAGUCUAUGGCCGUAAGUUGAGACUUGACUACAGCGUGGACAAGUCGAGACCAGCAGACUCGGAGAGCAAAUUCGAGGGCGAAUCAGCAGAGGGCGAAUCAGCAGAGGGCGAAUCAACAGAGGGUGAAUCAUCGGGAGGCUCAUCACCAUACUAG